AUGGGGAGGGACCAGCGGGCGGAGAAGGGACGGCCCUGCAGGCGACGCGGGGACUGGAAAGGGAGCCUGGGCGGGAAAAGGCGCUGGCGGGUGAUCGUGCCCCCCGGGCCAGCCCCCGGGCUUUGCUGCCGACACUUGCCGAAAUUCACACCCAGAGCGGGCGCACUAGUGUGUGUGGCUCCUGGAACCGCAGGGUCCCCACCCAAGUACGAGACCCACGGAGGCAGCCCUGCCCAGGAGUGUCCACAGUCCUGGCCCCAGACCCCAGGUCCUGGCCAUAUUCGCCAAAAGGUGCAUACCCAACGCCAGGCAGAGGGAGCAAGUGUGGGGCUGCUGGCGGUCAAGGUCCCCGGAGAUGAUGAGGGUCUUCUAGGAGGAGCCCCGGGGCCACAGAAGGGGAGGGGAGUGUGCGCGAAGCCCACCUUGCAAAGGCGCUCUCGUCCCCGAGGGGCUGCACCUUCGGCCUCCAGACAAGUCUCUGUGCGCUCCCGGUGCUGCUGCCGGUACCUGCGCUCCACACUCCUGGCUGCCAAACAAAGAGGAAGCCAGCCCCCUGGGAACAGGCCACUCUCAGCUUCAGGGUCUGAGGAGGCGGGGAUUCAAGAAUUAUCCAAUCAGAAACUCUGGUCUAGGAACCGUCCAAUCAGGGACGCAGCUGGAGCGGAAAAGGCGGCAUCCGAGAGGUGGCGGGGCCCUUAUUUCUCGUUGCAGCGCCGGUUUUUGGUCUCGUCUUCACUGCUUUGUGACCUCGUACUCUGUGGCUCUGUAACCUGCGGAGUUGGGAGAGCCACAGCUAAGAUGCCAGGUGCCCCUGGAAGCCUAGAAAUGGUGAGAGUGCCGGUCCGACAUCCCAAGAAAGGGAAGGGGCUGACUGGAACCGCUCCUGGUCAUUUUCUCCUGUGGGACAACCUGAGGUAUGGAGUGUAGCCUUUCAAGGAAGCAGGCGGAUGCCCUGGGGUUGAGAGGAAUCUCCUGGCAUACUCUUUCUUUGAAAAGGGACCAUUGACAUUUCAGGAUGUGACCAUAGAAUUCUCUCUGGAGGAGUGGCAAUGCCUGGACACGGCUCAGCAGACUUUAUAUAGGGAUGUUAUGUUAGAGAACUACAGAAACCUGGUCUUCCUAGGUAUUGCUGUCUCUAAGCUAGACUUGAUAGCUUGUCUGAAGCAAGGGAAAGAGCCUUGGAAUAUGAAGAGACAUGAGAUGGUAACUAAACCCCCAGUUAUGCAUUCUCAUUUUACACAAGACCUUUGGCCAGAUCAGAGCAUGAAAGAUUGUUUCCAAGAAGUAAUACUGAGAACAUAUACAAGAUGUGGACUUAAGACUUUACAAUUAAGGAAAUAUUGUAAAAGUGCCAAUGAGUGUAAGAUGCAUCAAGAAGGUUAUAAUAAACUUAACCAUUGUAGGACAACUACCCAGAGAAAAACAUUUCAGUGUAACAAAUACAUGAAAGUCUUUCAUAAAUAUUCAAAUUCAAAUAGAAAUAAGGUUAGACACACUAAAAAGAAAACUUUCAAAUGUAUAAAAUGUAGCAAAUCAUUUCUCGUGCUUUCACACUUAAUUCAACAUAAGAGAGUUUAUACUAGAGAGAAUAUCUACAAAUGUGAAGAACGUGGCAAAGCCUUUAAAUGGUUCUCAACCCUUAUUAAACAUAAGGUAAUUCAUACUGAAGACAGACCCUACAAAUGUAAGAAAUGUGGCAAAGCCUUUAACUUCUCUUCAGCGUUCACUAAACAUAAGAUAAUUCAUACUGGAGAGACAUACUUCAGAUGUGAAGAAUGUGGCAAACCUUUUAACCAGUCCUCAAAUCUUACUGACCAUAAGAGAAUGCAUACUGGAGAGAAAAUCUACAAAUGUGAAGAAUGUAGCAGAGCUUUUAAGGGGUCCUCAAAUUUUAAUGAACGUAAGGUAAUUCAUACUGCAGAGAAACCAUACAAAUGUGAAGAUUGUGGCAAAACUUUUAACCAUUUCUCAGCCCUUAGAAACCAUGAGAAAAUUCAUACUGGAGAGAAACCCUACAAAUGUGAAGAAUGUGGUAAAGCUUUUAAGUGGUCCUCAAAACUUACUAUACAUAUGGUAGUUCAUACUGGAGAGAAACCCUGCAAAUGUGAAGAAUGUGGCAAAGCUUUUAGCCAGUCCUCAACGCUUAAAAAACAUAAGAUAAUUCAUACUGGAAAGAAACCCUACAAAUGUGAAGAAUGUGGCAAAGCUUUUAAUAGUUCCUCAACCCUUAUGAAGCAUAAGAUAAUUCAUACUGGGAAGAAACCAUACAAAUGUGAAGAAUGUGGCAAAGCUUUUAAGCAUUUCUCAACCCUUAGAAGACAUAAGAUAAUUCACACUGGAAAGAAACCCUACAAAUGUGAAGAAUGUGGCAAAGCUUUCAGCCAGUCCUCAACCCUUAGAAAACAUGUGGUAAUUCAUACUGAAGAGAAACCCUACAAAUGUGAAGAAUGUGGUAAAGCUUUUAGGUGGUCAUCAAAACUUACUUUACAUAAGGUAAUUCAUACUGGAGAGAAACCCUGCAAAUGUGAAGAAUGUGGCAAAGCUUUUAAGCAUUUCUCAGCCCUUAGAAAACAUAAGGUAAUUCAUACUAGGGAGAAAUUGUGCAAAUGUGAAGAAUGUGGCAAAGCUUUUAAGCAUUUCUCAGCCCUUAGAAAACAUAAGAUAAUUCAUACUAGGGAGAAAUUGUACAAAUGUGAAGAAUGUGGCAAAGCUUUCAGGCAAUCCUCACACCUUACUAGACAUAAAGCAAUUCAUACUGGAGAGAAACCCUACAAAUGUGAAGAGUGUGGCAAAGCUUUUAACCAUUUCUCAGCCCUUAGAAGACAUAAGAUAAUUCACACUGGAAAGAAACCCUACAAAUGUGAAGAAUGUGGCAAAGCUUUCAGCCAGUCCUCAACCCUUAGAGAACGUGAGAUAAUUCAUACUGGAGAGAAACCCUACAAAUGUGAGGAAUGUGGUAAAGCUUUUAAGUGGUUGUCAAAACUUACUGUACAUAAGAUAAUUCACACUGGAGAGAAACCCUGCAAAUGUGAAGAAUGUGGCAAAGCUUUUAAGCAUUUCUCAGCCCUUAGAAGACAUAAGAUAAUUCAUACUGGAAAGAAACCCUACAAAUGUGAAGAAUGUGGCAAAGCUUUUAACAAUUCCUCAACCCUUAUGAAACAUAAGAUAAUUCAUACUGGGGAGAAACCCUACAAAUGUGAAGAAUGUAGCAAAGCUUUUAACAAUUUCUCAACCCUUCUGAAACAUAAGAUAAUUCAUACUGGGGAGAAACCCUACAAAUGUGAAGAAUGUGGUAAAGCUUUUAACAAUUCCUCAACCCUUAUGAAACAUAAGAUAAUUCAUACUGGGGAGAAACCCUACAAAUGUGAAGAAUGUGGCAAAGCUUUUAACAAUUUCUCAACCCUUAGGAAACACAAGAGAAUUCAUACUGGGGAGAAACCCUACAAAUGUGAAGAAUGUGGCAAAACUUUUAACAAUUUGACAACCCUUAGGAAACACAAGAGAAUUCAUACUGGAGAGAAACCCUACAAAUGUGAAGAAUGUGGCAAAGCUUUUAACAAUUUCUCAAGCCUUACUAAACAUAAGAUAAUUCAUUCUGUAGAUAAACCCUACAAAUGUGAAGAAUGUGGCAAAGCAUUUAACCAGUCUUCACACCUUGCUAGACACAAAACAAUUCAUACUGGAGAGAAACCCUACAAAGGUGAAGAAAGUACCAAAGCUUUUAAGGAAUCCUCACCCCUUACUAGGCAAAAUAAUACUAGAGAGAAACCCUACAAAUAUGAAGAAUGUGGCAAGGCUUUUAACCAUCCUUCAACCCUUACUAAACAUAAGAUAAUUCAUACUGGGGAGAAACCCUAAAAAUGUGAAUAAUGUGGCAGAGCUUUCAACCAUUUUACAAACCUUAAUACACAUAAGAUAAUUUGUACUAGAGAAGACCGCAUGUGUGAAGAAUGUGGCAAAACUUUUAACCAGUCCUCAAGCCUUACUAGACAUAAAACAAUUCAUACUGGAGAGAAACCCUAAAAAUGUAAGGAAUGUGGCAAAACUUUUAACCAAUCCUCAAAGCUUACUAGACAGAAAACCAUUCAUACUGAAGAGAAACCCAUCAAAUAUGAAGAAUGUGGAAAAGCCUUUAACCAGUCCUCACACCUUAUACACGUAAUUGAUACUGGAGGAAAACCCUACAAAUGUAAUAAAUGUGGCAAAGCUUCUAACCAUUGCUCAGCUCUUACUCAAACUGAGAGAAUUCCUAAAGAAGAUAAAUUCCACAAAUGUGAAUAAUAUGGCAAAGCUUUUAACCGGUCCUCAAAUCUUACCAAACGUAAGAUAAUUCAUACGGAAGAAGAACCCUUCAAAUGUGAGGAGUGUGGCAAAAGAAACCCUGCAAACAUGAAGAAUGUUGCAAAGCUUUUAACUGGUCCUCAAACCUUACUGAACAAGAUAAUUCAUACUGAAGAAAAACCCUACAAAUGUGAAGAAUGUAACAAAGUCUUUAACUGGGCCGGGCGCGGUGGCUCAAGCCUGUAA